AUGGUAGUUUUCUACACUGUGUACUAUGUGGUCCUAUCUGUGUGCUUCGCAGUAUUCAAGAUUAAAAUGUUGGAUGGUUUGGCACCUUUUGAUUUUAAGACAAAGCCCUCAUGGAUUAACCCAUAUUAUUUAGUUCUCGUUAUAUCACUGGAAGUAACUUUCUUCAUUUGUGGUCUGCUGUUUGCCUUGGUUGUGGAAGAAUGGGUUUGGGAUUACGCUGUAACAGUUACUAUUAUUCAUAUCACCAUAACUUCAGUCGUUAUGUCUGAAUUCCCCCUGAUGCUACAUUGGUGGCUGGCAUUAGGAUCUGGAGUAAUUUCAAUGAUCUGUGGAGGACAGAUUUUGGCUUACUACUUGUUCAAAGACAACUUCAUUUACCCGAUUCUGGAUGAUUUUUGA